CGACCCACACCCCGCGGCCAGCACAGAGCGGCAACUAGUAACGUCUCCCUCCCUCGCCGUUUCCUUUCCAGCCACGACGACAGCGACGGAGGGGGAUAAAAUCCCAACCCCAUCCCCAGGGCGUCGCUGUACUGUACAGGGAGCACUUCAGGAAGCGUCGGUGCUAUCCACUCCACUCCGCGACGCCAUAGAUAGCUAUACCGGACGACGGCCAGCUUGCUCCCGCUCCCGGUACCGGUGUUGGUGGAGAGACGAGUAACAUCUGUAGGAAUUCCCAGAAGUUAUAUGAACAACAACUAUGGCUACGAUUGAAGAUAUAGGUGUUUCUGCAGCUAUCAACAUACUGAGUGCCGUCAUAUUCCUGCUAGCAUUUGCUUUCCUACGGCUACAGCCCAUCAAUGACAGGGUUUACUUCCCGAAGUGGUAUCUGAAAGGUUCAAGACAAAGCCCAAGCCAUGGGGGUGCAUUUGUACGGAAGUUUGUAAAUUUGGACAUGCGAUCAUACUUGAAGUUCUUAAGUUGGAUGCCUGCUGCUCUCCAAAUGCCAGAGGAUGAGUUGAUUAGCCAUGCAGGGCUUGAUUCAGCUGUCUAUCUGCGGAUCUACUUGACAGGGCUUAAAAUAUUUGUUCCAAUCACAAUUCUAGCAUUUCUUGUUCUUGUUCCUGUUAAUUGGACAAAUGAUACCCUUGAGGGCUUGAAGGUAGAGCACAGUGAUAUCGACAAACUUUCGAUAUCCAACAUACCUUUUGGGUCGAAGAGGUUCAUAGCUCACUUGACUAUGGCUUAUGUUUUCACAUUUUGGACAUGCUAUGUUCUGUUGCGGGAGUAUGAAAUAGUCGCAACAAUGAGAUUGCGUUUUCUUGCAUCAGAGAAACGCCGCCCAGACCAGUUCACAGUAUGAUCUUAGUACUCUAUUUUUAUAUUUC